AUGGCCAUCUCGGAGGACCCAGAGGGAGCCGCGGGCGAUGGUGGCGGGGUGACGAAGCGGGGGAGCAAAGCGCGGGGGAAAGGCGGCGCUAAGGGGCGCGGGAGGCCCAAGCGGCAGAGCGAAGACAGGUCCUUCGUGGCGCCGGUGAUGGAUGGGGUGGCGGUCGGGGACCGGGUGCUCAGGGAGAGGAGGCACGCGCCCAACGUCUUCUGCGAGCGCGACACGGAUGACGACGAUGAGGAGACUGCAACCAACCAAUCCAAGCGUCAGAGAAAGAAGAGAAAUGAUGCUGGCAAGAAGAGGGGGCCUAGGAAAACCAAACCAGAACAUGCGGACAGCAAGGCUCACUUCCCCAACAGCAAAUGCCACGGUGACAGGAAGGGGGAUGGUGUUGAGACAAUUAGGGGCAAGGACUCAUGGAAGGGUGAGGUUUUACAGACUGCAAAGAAGAGGAAGAAAGGAGAUGCAGGGACGGUUUCUGUUACAAAAAGGUUGAAAAGAGAGGAUGAAGAACAAAGGAAGGCCUUAUUCUCCAAGCAUAAAGGUUGUGAUGAAACUGAUAGGAAACGGAAGAAGAUGUUGACUGGGGAUAAUGCCCUGAUGUGCCACCAGUGCCAGAGGAAUGAUAAAGGGAGGGUGGUCUGGUGUAAUUCAUGCAGCAAUAAGCGCUUCUGUGUGCCAUGCAUUGAAAGAUGGUAUCCUAAUUUGUCAGAAGAUGAAUUUGCUGCAAAAUGCCCAUAUUGUCGCAAGAACUGUAAUUGCAAGGGAUGCCUACGAAUGCGAGGGGUUGAAGAGCCUCCAAAGAAGGAAAUUUCUGAAGAAAAUCAAAUCUCUUAUGCUUGUGAUGUUGUUCGCUUGUUGCUUCCCUGGUUGAGAAAACUGCGACAGGAGCAGAUAGAGGAGAAGAAAUUGGAGGCUAAAAUAAAAGGUGUUUUGGUUAAUGAUAUGAAGUUGGAACAAGCUGAAUGUAAUCUAGAUGAACGUGUCUACUGCAAUAAUUGUAAAACUUCUAUAGUUGAUUUUCAUAGAAGCUGCAAGUAUUGCUUUUAUGAUCUGUGCCUUGAAUGCUGCGGGGAGAUCCGCAAAGGUGAGAUUCCUGGAGGAGAAGAGAUAACGAAAGUAAAGCCUGAAAAUAGAGGCCGGGAUUAUCUUUUUGGUACUACUAAGUCAAAGGAUGGGAGUAAAGGGUUCUCCUUGAGGAGGUGCAGCUCAGAAAAUGAGCCUUCCAAUGGAAUAGGUUCUAGUGAGGGGGCAAGUAACUCUCUGGCGCUGUGGAAAGCAGAAAGUGAUGGUAGCAUACCUUGCCCACCAAAGGAGCUAGGAGGCUGUGGUGGUUCGAUGUUGGACCUCAAGUGCUUUUUUCCAGAAAAGAUGCUUUCCAAUUUAGAAGAACGAGCUGACAGAAUUAUGAGGAGUGAAGUAUUUGCAAACGCAGUAGCCAACAGAAGUGAUCGGUGCCCUUGUUAUGACCAUUCAGGGAACAUAAGAACUCAGGAUGUGCGAGCGGCUGCAAAUAGGAAAGGCUCAAGUGAUAACCACCUGUACUCCCCAGUUGCCACUGCUAUCAAGGAGGAUGACUUGGUGCACUUUCAGAUGCAUUGGUCAAAGGGUGAACCAGUUAUUGUUUCUGACGUUCUACAUUUGACUUCUGGUCUCAGUUGGGAGCCAUUAGUUAUGUGGCGGGCGUUGCGAGAGAAAAAGACUAAUGGUGACGUAGAAGAUGAGCACUUUGCUGUCAGGGCAGUAGAUUGCCUCGAUUGGUGUGAGGUGGAAAUUAAUAUACACAUGUUUUUUGUGGGAUAUAUGAAAGGCAGAACGCACACCGUGGCACACUGGCCUGAGAUGCUUAAGCUAAAGGACUGGCCACCAUCUAGUUCAUUUGAUCAGAGAUUGCCUCGCCAUGGUGCUGAGUUUAUCAGUGCAUUGCCAUUUCCUGAGUACACUGAUCCUCGAUAUGGUCCGCUAAAUCUUGCAGUCAAGCUUCCUGAUGGUGCAUUGAAGCCAGAUCUUGGACCAAAAACUUACAUUGCUUAUGGAUUUUACCAGGAGUUGGGCAGGUGA